AAGCAACAUCAGAAGAACCACCCGCAUUACCGAUAAAAGCCGUCGUUCAUGGAGUGCCAAAGAGAAGCUUAUGGUUAUUAAUUACUAUGAGCAUAUUAAAAAUGUGAGAGCCACUGCAAGAAGAUUUGAAAUCGAACCAAAGCAGGUUUGUGAAUGGCUGGACAAAAAGCAAGAGCUUCUGAGUGUCGCACCCUACAUUUUAACGCUUAAUCGUGGUCGUCAGGCCCAAUUUCCGUUAUUAGAAGAAAGGCUUGUUGAAUGGAUUAAUAAACACCGUAAAGAGCAGAACGCUGUCACCAGAAAUAUGGUUGAGAAAAAGGCUAAGGCCUUGCACAAACUAAUGAAUUUAAGGAUAUUUACCCUGACAUCGGUGCCUUUAAAUUUCCUAAAAACUAGUUAA